AAACAUGGCGGGUCUGCUUACCGGAAAUCAUAUAGGAAGAGUGCGCAUGAUAACGUGUUCGUCGGGUACAGAACGUUUAGUUACGAGUUCCUAGUGUUACGUUUAAUUGUCUGAUCCCAAAAUAUGAGCAAGAGCUGGAACCCGAGAGACCGAGGCCCAGAGACCGGUGAUGAGGAUGAAAUGAGCGGUCAUGGGAUUCACAAGAAAAAGCACAAGAAACACAAAAAGCACAAAAAGAAACAUCACCAGGACGUUGCUGGCAUGUUCCCUGAGAGUACCCCGAAAUCACAGCACAGGGCAGCAGAGAGCACCCCCAAACCGCAGCUCAAACUCAAGAUCAAAUUGGGAGGGCAGGUCUUGGGCACCAAAAGUGUGCCCACGUUUACUGUUAUUCCUGAGUUGUCCCAGUCACCGUCCCCUCUGAUGGUAGUUGAUGAUGACGAGCCCCUAGAGGGUGUGCCAAUAGAGCAGUAUCGGGCUUGGUUGGAUGAGGACAGUAACCUGGAUCCUCUUCCCUCGCCAGUGGGUGGUGGGGAGACAGAGCAGGAUGAGGAGUCACGUUGGCUGGAUGCUCUUGAGAGAGGGGAACUGGAUGUUAAUGGUGAUCUCAAGAGAGAGAUUGAUGAGUCCUUGCUCACUGCACGGCAGAAAGCACUUCUCCAGAAACAACAGGCUCUGCCCCACACCUUGUUCUCCCCGACUGAGUACCAGCGCCCUCCGCCGGAGCUGUCUGAGGAGAUGCUAGUGAAGAGGGAGGAGAAAGCCCGUAAACGAAGGCUGCAAGCGGCCAAGAAGGCAGAGGAAAGCAAGAAGCAGACAAUUGAGAGGCUAACGAAGACGUCCAAAUCUAGAGGGAACAAACCUAACCGGGAAAAGAGAGGCCGUCAUCCAACCUGCCCCACCAUACGCUAUCAAAACUCAGCUGAAGGUAUCACUGUGUCCUUCCCACCAGGCAUACCUGGCCCGACCCCUGCUGAGCCACUGCCGGCACUCCCUGCGCCUACAAUGUGCAGCGUACCAGGAUGUGGCAACGCUAAGAAAUAUUCCUGCUCCAGGACUGGUGUUGCACUCUGCAGUCUGGGGUGUUACAGAAAGAACUUGCUGAGCACAACUCACACAGAGACUGAGGUCACUGAGCAAAUGGAGAGCUCUGGGUGUGACACACAGACUCAACUGGUGCUCACCGAGUCUGCAGAGGAGCAGAGAGUCUGACAGAUCUGUGUGUGUGUUACCGAAAGGCACGUGUAUCUGUGUGUGUGUUACCGAAAGGCACGUGUAUCUGUGUGUGUGUUACCGCAAGGUACGUGUAUCUGUGUGUGUGUUACCGAAAGGCACGUGUAUCUGUGUGUGUGUUACCGAAAGGCACGUGUAUCUGUGUGUGUGUUACCGAAAGGCACGUGUAUCUGUGUGUGUGUUACCGCAAGGUACGUGUAUCUGUGUGUGUGUUACCGAAAGGC